CUUACCUAACCACAAUUGUACAUUCGAGCCCUUCCGGGUUUUUUACUUUCCGAACCUCGAAUUACACGUAGGGUGUCUUGAUGUUGUGCUCCAACUGCUUAUGCGCCGUCUAAGCCAACGUUCUGUAUCAUCUGAAUCGCAUUCACAUCAAUGAAGAGCUUUUGUUCCAAUGCAGCGGCGGCAGUCUCAUACAACCCCAACUUUUCUCGAGCCUUCUCUCCAAGAGAUUCUCAGCACUGGAGAGACUGACCUGCCCCUCCCUUGCGCUAAGCGGGUUCGCAGAAACGAUUCGAUACCAAUGCCAUCCUCCCCAGAGAUACAACAGCCGCCUUCAUUGUCAAGGAACAAUAGCACGGUACAAGUGCCCGCCGUAGUCCAGAAUCUCGUCAACAACGAACUCAGCAUCUCUAAAUCGCGCACCUGGACAAAGGUCUUGGAUCCCGCAACUCAGAGGUUUCUGGCUCGCGUUCCCGACUCAACUCAGAUCGAUGUCCAGAACGCUGUCAAUGCCGCUCUAACUGCUCAACCGGCUUGGGCUGCCCAGUCCAUGACGAGGCGAAAAGCAUGCCUUUUAUCGCUUCUCAAUAUUCUUCAUCAAAACGCUGCAGCCAUCAAAUAUUCGCUUCAAACCGAGGUCGGAAAGACCGCCAGAGAUGCCGAGUCAGAAUUUGAGCGAGGAAUCGAUGCUGUCGACACUGCUUGCUCGGUCUCGGCUCAAAUGAACGGAACCCAUUGGAGCAAUCAAUCUGCCGAUACCUACACCGUCUACGAACCCUUUGGUGUUUGCGUCUCAAUCACACCCUUCAACUUCCCUUUUAUGAUUCCGCUGUGGUCCAUUCCAAACGCACUCAUCACCGGCAACACCGUCAUCCUCAAGCCGUCGGAGAAGGCGCCCCUGACGGCUAACAUCCUUGGAGAAUGUUUUGUUCAGGCCGGCUUCCCGCCUGGAGUUUUCAACAUCGUUCACGGCUCUGCAGGCACGGUUGAUAAGUUGCUCGCCCAGCCCGCGGUCAGUGUCGUGUCCUUCGUCGGUUCCGAAAUUGUGGGCGAGAGGGUCUACGAACAUGCUAAAGCCACCAGGAAGCGAGUGCAGGUCGAGUCAAGCGGGAAAAAUCACGGAGUCGUCCUAGGAGACGCGGUCAAAGGACAGACCCUCUAUGCCAUUGCUGGCAGUGCAUUUGGUUCUGCCGGCCAACGGUGCAUGGCAUUGAGUGUCUUGAUCUGCGUUGGUGAGACCAAAGAAUGGCUCAACGAACUUGCUACAGUGGCGCAAUCACUCAAAGUUGGGUGUGGGCUGGAUCCAAACACUGAAAUAGGCCCGCUUAUAACCCCAAUCGCAAAAGAACGUGUGGAAGCCACCAUUGACAUUGCCGAGGCUGAGGGUGCCGAAAUCCUACUAGACGGACGAAAUUAUUCAGUCCCCGGAUAUCCUGAGGGCAACUUCGUGGGCCCCACAAUCAUCUCUAAGGUCAAACCAUACAUGCAGUGUUAUCAAGAAGAGCUAUUUGGACCAGUCCUGGUUUGCUUAGAGGUGGAUACCCUGGACGAAGCCAUCGAGGCAAUCAACGAAAACAAAUAUGGGAAUGGAUGUACCCUGUUUACUACGAACCCCAGUGCGGCCCUGAAUUUUCAACGGAAAGUAAAUGUCGGUCAGGUUGGCAUUAACAUUCCCGUCCUCGCACCCUCUGGCGCUAUUCCCAGGACGACAAACAAGGAUUCAUUCCUGGGUGAUGGGCUAUGCGGUCGCAAUUCCUGGCAAUUCUUUACAAUGGUCAAGACCAUUACCUCCCUCUGGCGCCAAUGACAUGACAACAUUACUCACAUACGUAGUGCGAAAACAUAUCAUUGACUAUCAAGAGCUUCAUAUAUGGACAGCAGCUUAAACUGGGCUUGGCGACCAUCUAACCCAAGCAAAGGACUACAACAGUUGAGUUCCGUACAGUCGGUCUCCAAUAUCCCCCAAACCAGGCUUCACAUAUCCGUGGCUGUCCAAUUCCUUGUCCACCGCGCCUACCACCACUCUAACACCUUCUGGCCACACCUUCUGGACCUUGGCCAGUCCAGCCUCGCUAGCUAGAAUGGAGACGAAUGUGAUCUUCUCCAGACCCCAGUCCCUGAAAAGAAAUCAGCAUUGUACCACCAAAAAGAAUUCUGCUGUGACAGCUGAUGUACUUACUUGACGAUGCUGAUGGCAGCCUCAGCUGUGCCACCAGUGGCCAUGAGGGGGUCCAAGAUGUAGCCGUGUUUGACCUUUGGUGACUUGGGGCCGAGCUUGUUGUAGUAUUCGACAGGCUGCAAGGUCUUGCGAUCCCUGAAAAGGCCCAAAUGAUACACCACGGUGUUGACAUCUUCAGGGAAUUGGUUGAGGAAGGCAUCCGACAUUGCCAUUCCCGAACGCAGAACGAUGAAGACUGCGACUUGUUCUGUGGGUGAAGCAGGCUCAAUUGCGGUUCCAGCAAGAAUUGACGAGAGUUCUGCAGUGAUGCUGCGCACUUCACGCGGGGCUAGUGAUCGAUCUCUUAACCGAGCGAGUUUCUUGCUGUAUGUAGCGUCGGACAUAAUGGUCGUGGGGAAUGACAUGUUUGCAGAAUUAUUUGCGUUGUGUGGAAUUCCUUUGUUGGUUGUUCGUAUGGUGUUGAAUUAUGAAGAGUCGAGAAAAGUGUCUAGGAGACCGAGAUGGAAACUGGCAUUGAGGAUAUUCGAUAUUCAUGGUUUCCCAUGAUCCACAUUAAGAGGGACGAGUGACUACAGCAUAUCCGAUGGUGGACUCGGAUACAACCAUUGAUAUCACGUGUCGGAAUAGAGAUAGAAGCACAAUAACUAGCAGUUGUUCCCAC